AUGACUAGCCGCGCUAUGGAACCGGCUGGGAAGGGAUACCAAGUGAUACCAUCAACUCUCGCAUACACAGUAAAAGUGAAAGGCACUAUUGAAAUUGGUGACCAGAUAGCCGACAUAUUAAAAGAGUUCAAGGACCGAUUUGUCAGACAAAUGGAAGACUUGCCUUCAAUAAAUAACGUUAAAACAGUGUCGGUACCUGUUGCUGAGAACAGCGAUGGUAUGCCUCAGCCCCGAGAUGUCCCAUUUCUGAACGAUAUUCCAAUAAUGGAGAACACACCAGAAAAGGAUGUUAGCGUAGAAUCUAUUGAUGUCCCGUUGCUGGAUGAGAUAGUAAGCAAAAAAGAAGGUCGAGUGCAUAUUUAUGGGAAUCACAAAAAUAGUAAGGUUAGAAGACCACACGAACCCUUAAACAAUAUCGUUGUGUAA